UCUGGAAUCGAUCUUUUAUCACCAUAACCCCUACUCCCUCCACUUUAAACCAACCCCAACCAGAAACAUCCCCAAACUCGCCGAGCACUUUUCCCCGCCCUGCAUAACUCCGGCAGCGUCUCUCGCUCCGAUCUCGAGCCCUCCGCGCCUUGCUGAGGAGGAGGAGGAGGAAGAGCAGCGGCAGAGAGAGCAGCGAGCGCGGAAGAUGGAGGUGUCCACGGACCAGCCGCGGUGGGUGAGCCACCACCACCCGGCCGUGCUCAAUGGGCAGCACCCGGACUCGCAUCACCCUUCGCUUGGCCAUACCUACAUGGACCCCACGCAGUAUCCUCUCGCCGAGGAAGUGGAUGUACUUUUUAAUAUCGACGGACAAGGCAACCCCGUCCCGCCGUAUUACGGCAACUCCGUGAGAGCCACGGUGCAGAGAUACCCCACGGCCCACCACGGGAGCCAGGUGUGCCGCCCCCCGCUGCUGCACGGCUCGCUGCCCUGGCUGGACGGGAGCAAGGCGCUGAGCAGCCAUCACAGCGCUUCCCCCUGGAACCUCAGCCCGUUCUCCAAGACCUCCAUCCAUCACAGCUCACCGGGACCCCUCUCCGUCUAUCCACCCGCCUCCUCUUCCACUUUAUCCGCCGGCCACUCCAGCCCGCACCUUUUCACCUUCCCGCCGACCCCUCCUAAAGAUGUGUCCCCGGAUCCGUCCAUCUCCACCCCCGGCUCCACCGGCUCCACCCGGCAGGACGAGAAGGAAUGCAUCAAAUACCAGGUGUCCCUGGCCGAUACCAUGAAGCUGGAGUCCUCUCACUCUCGGAGCAGCAUGGCCUCUUUAGGAGGAGCCACCUCCUCCGCUCAUCACCCCAUCACUACCUACCCUCCGUAUGUCCCAGAAUAUGGCUCUGGACUUUUUCCCCCCAGUAGCCUCUUAGGAGGAUCGCCAACCGGGUUUGGGUGUAAAUCGCGACCGAAAGCACGGUCAAGCACAGAAGGCAGGGAGUGUGUAAAUUGUGGGGCUACCUCAACCCCUCUGUGGAGAAGAGAUGGCACUGGGCACUAUUUGUGUAACGCCUGUGGACUCUACCACAAAAUGAACGGGCAGAACCGGCCCCUGAUCAAGCCCAAGAGAAGACUGUCUGCAGCCAGGAGGGCGGGCACGUCCUGUGCAAACUGUCAGACCACCACUACCACCCUGUGGAGGAGAAAUGCCAACGGCGAUCCUGUCUGUAAUGCCUGUGGGCUCUACUACAAGCUGCACAAUAUUAACAGACCCCUGACUAUGAAGAAAGAAGGAAUUCAGACCAGAAACCGAAAGAUGUCUAGCAAAUCCAAAAAGUGCAAAAAGGUCCAUGACAACCUUGAAGACUUUCCCAAGAGCAGCUCCUUUAACCCCGCCGCCCUCUCCAGACACAUGUCCUCCAUCAGCCACAUUUCACCUUUCAGUCACUCCAGCCACAUGCUGACCACACCGACACCGAUGCAUCCUCCAUCCAGCCUCUCCUUCGGACCUCACCACCCUUCCAGUAUGGUCACUGCCAUGGGUUAGCAAGAGACUCCCCUGCUGAAUGCUUACAGUCUCAAAAUGAGAUUUACUUUAUAUACUACUUGCAUUUUUGCAGGCGUGUGGUUAUGGGUCUGACGUCCCGAAUCAAAUGGGAGGGGGAAAAAAAAAAAAAGAAUUAAAAAAAUUUAAAAAAAAAAAUUAUUUGAAGGCAUAAGAGAGAGAGAAAAAAAAAUUAAAAAUGCAGAAAAAAACUACAAAAAGCACAAAAAAGGAAAAAAAAAAGAAAAAAAGAGAAAAAAGUAAAAAAAAAAGUUUUAAAAAAGUGAUGUUUGCCACUUUUUAAAGGAACUCACUAUGGCGUCUAUGUAUUCUUACCCACUGAAUCUGGAUACCAUUUGUGAAUAAGCCAUUCAGAACUUGCAUUCCCUAUUGGACAGGAUCUCUAGUGCUGUGAAAAAACAAAAUAAAAUAAAAUAAAAAAUGCUGAACAUUGCAUAUAACUUAUAUUGUAAGAAAUACUGUACAUUUGAGGAAGACUUUAUUGCAUCUGAGGAUCUGUAAUGAAAAAGGCAUGAAGGACUCAGAGAGAAUUUUUUUUAAAGGAAAAGGAAAAAAAAAGAAGACGGGAGGACAAUUUAAAAACCAGAAAAACAAACAAUGCAGACCAAGAGGAAACGCGGUCUUAUGAACAAAUGGACCAACUGCCAGUCAUGUCUUCUCCUUUUAUUUUAUUUUUAUUUUGGUUUCUUUUUUGUUGGUUUUUAUUUUGGUUUCUUUUUUUCGUUUCCGGGGAGGGGGAGGGGGCUGGCUAGAACGGUUUUGAUGAUGCAUUAACUAACUAACUAACUAACUAAAUAACUAAAUAAAUAAAAUCUGUAGGGAGAUCAUUCAUUUUGGGCCAUGGGCCUUUUACAUAGGAAGUACCAAUGGUGUCAGGCAAUCAGUGUUAACAUGCGGACAUUGCCAACAAGGGGGUUUCAGAUAGCCAUUCUCCAGGUCUAUACGCAUUGUGAACAAGUUCCUGUAAUUGUUGUUUGUAUGUAUAAUUCAACGCACCAAAAUAAGAAAGAUGUAGAUUUAUUUCAUCCUAUUAUACAGACUGAAUGGUUGUACAAAUUUAUUUACUGCUAGUGAUAAGACCUGCUUUUUUUUUUUUUUUUUUUUUUGUUUUCAUAUUUUUUCCUCCUUUUUUUUUUUU